AUGACAAAACUAUAAAUUCUAUUAAAUAUCUUUAUAGUAUCAAUAGCUGUCUCAAUUUUAUAUUUCCAUAAUCAACCCCAAUCUUCCUAAAAUAAAACUACUUAAGAAUAAACUUAAACUACCUAAAAGGAAGAAUCCAAACCUAACUAGAAGCAAGAUGCCAAAUAUUCAGCUAAAGAUGUAAAAAAGAACUCAUAAACUUAAUCUAUGCCUCCUACAGUUGAAGAUGGUGUAUAUGUAUUGACUGAUAUGAAUUAUUAAGAAUUUAUAUAAAAACAUGAGUAUGUAUUAAUUGAAUUAUAUGCUCCUUGGUGUGGACAUUGUAAAUAAUUAGCCCCUGAAUAUGCAAAGGCAGCUCAAGCAUUAGCAAAUAAGAACUCAACAAUAGUUUUAGCAAAAGUUGAUGCUACUGAAUAGAAGAAAAUAGCACAAUUAUUCAAAGUAUAAGGUUUCCCAACAUUAAAAUUAGUAAAUAAUGGAGAUUUAAAUAACUUAAUUAAUUUUUCUGCUAGAACAGAAGACAAAAUAUUAGCUUCUUUAGAAAAAAAGACUGAGAAACAUUCACUAAAAGUAGAGAGUCAAUAAUAAUUAGAUGAAUUGAAAGAAAAAAGCGAAGUUAUGUUCGUUUAUUUCGGAAAUCCUGAAUAAGAAUAAACUUAAUGGAGUGUAUUUAAAAAUGCAGCCUAAAAUUACGACGAUUUUAUUUUUGCUUAUAUAGAUAAUGAAGAAAUUAGAAAAAAUGAAAAUGCUUAAAACUUUAGAGUUGUUUUAUACAAAUAAUUCGAUAAUAAAAGAGACGAUUUUUUAUCCUCAAGACCUUUUUUGAAUUCUAAUUUUAAGGAUUUCCUUGAAAAUUCUUCAACACCUCUUUUACUUAAGUAUAAUGAUAGGGGUAUUGAUAAAGUCUUUGCUAAAAAAAACCCUGCUCUUAUUCUUUUCACUAAUGAUUUGAACUCUGAAGUUGCUCUUAUUUUUAGAUAGGCUGCUGAAGAAAAUAAAACUAAAAAUAAUAAUGUACUUUUCUCAGUUUGUUAACCUGGGGAAGAAAUACAUGAAAAAUUAAGUAAUUAUGUAGGAGUAGAUCCUUUGAAAAUACCCAAUUUAAUACUUGUUAAUUAAUAAAAAGAUUUAGAUAAAUACUAGUUCAGUUAAGAGUUUACUAAAGAAAAUAUAUUAGACUUUAUUGUGUAGUUUAAAUAAGGAAAACUUAAAAAAUAUAUCAAGUCUUAACCUAUCCCCGAAAAAAAUAACGAAAAUGUAGUCACUUUAGUAGGAAAUACAUUUGAAGAUAUGGUAAUUAAAAGUGAAAAAGACGUUCUUGUUGAAUUCUAUGCACCUUGGUGUGGUCAUUGUAAAAAAUUAGAACCUAUUUAUGAGGAGUUAGCAAGAAAAUUAAAGGAUAAUAGUAAUUUAGUAUUAGCUAAAAUCGAUGCUACUAAUAAUGAAAUCGCUGGAAUUCAAAUUAAUGGAUAUCCUUCUAUUAAAUUUUAUGCUAAAGGUAAAAAAAAAACGCCAAUUGAUCAUGAAGGAAACAGGGAAGAAAAAGAUAUUAUUGAAUUUAUUAAAAAGCAUACGACUUAUCCUUGGGUAGAACCUUAAUAAGAAGAAUAAAAAAAAGAAUAAUAAUAAGAAAAGAAAGAAGAUAUUUGA